AUGAAACAUCUAGACUGCACUCACAAGGCAAUACUUUCCAUACUGCUCAAACCCAAAGCAACUAUGUUAAAUAUUCUUCUGAAGCGAAGGGCAGAAAUACGAAUUAUCAACCGCAAGUUACCUCUUGUUAAGGAUGCUUGCUACAUGCAGCGGCCUAAAAGAUAUCCUCCACUGACACCUCAACCGCAAGCUGUCUAUAAUGGUCAGCCACCUUUGCCGCCACCACCACCAGAACCAUCGAAUUCCAGCGACUGCUGUGCCUUGACCUAUGUUAUUCGCCUAUAUAAUAUGCGCAAGCGUAGAGAAUGCUUUGCUCGAUGA